UUUCUUCCCGAGUAUAGCGCGUGCAUCCAACUGAUUAUUUCAAAAAAAAGAAAAAAAGAGACAAAGAAAGAAACAGUUGCUAUAUUAGUAAUGGCAAAACAUAAUUACGCUUCAAUCUUCAUUUCAUUACCACGAAACAGAUUAUGACAUUUUUAAUUUUAUGUUCUCCAGCUUCCUUCCAAGAAAUUUUGCCCCAUUAAUCAUCAGUUAUCUGCACCAUUGCAGCACUGCAAUUGCCAACGAAAAUCUAUGGAACAGCCUCUUCUCUCAGAGAAAAGAAGUGAAACUGAAGAGAGCGAGAGGUUGCGGUCGUAUCAGUACGUGGGGAGAACUGGGUCGGUGAUUCCAACAACUUCUUUGGCGGGAGCGGAAGUUAGUAUCAAAGAGAUUCGGUCAGCCACUUCAUUUUCCGGCCAUUACCCGCCAUCCAUUCACGCUCCUUUUAUCAACUCCCCCGAGCCCCUUCCUAACGAGGAAGCUAUCCUUCAUCAAGGUCCUUACACAACAGACUAUGGCACAUACUCCAACGAUUUUCGGAGGCAAUUAUUGGACGAGGUAGAGAUACGAGAAUUGCUCAUCGAUCAUGUUGGCCAUCGAUGCUGUUGGGGGAGUCGUCCUGCUCGAACAUGGAAGAUCCAUGCUGUUGAGGAUUGCAAUGUUUACGUGGGGACUCUAGAAACUUUCUUAGAGGAGAGGGAAUUAGUCAGCGAAACAGAACCUUACCAUGGUGGCAACAUUGAUGGAAAGGAUAAAGGUCCUGAACUUGGUCUUUGGGACUUGGAUCUAAGAUCACAAUUCCCUGCUCUCUAUGUACCUUAUAAGGAAACACGAGUCAAGAUUCUUCGUAGCGAGACCGUUGAGAAAUGUUCAGGUUGUGCAGGACGAGGAGAUAUUGCAUGUCCAACAUGCAAUGCGGACCAGGAACCUGGAUUUUACAAGCAAAAUCAGAUGUUCCGGUGCCCUGCUUGCUAUGGACGGGGAUUAAUUGCUCACAGAGAUGGAUCAGACACUAUAUGCACAAAUUGUGAUGGAAAAGGAAAGAUUCCUUGUGCAACUUGUGGAUCUCGUGGCUUACUACAAUGUAAAACAUGUCAUGGAAGUGGUUCUCUGUCGACUCUCAAAAUUGCCAUUAUUAAAUGGAAGACACUUUCAACUCGAAAAGUAAGUGUAACAAGUGGAGCAGCAUUGGUGCCGGAUGAGAUUUUCCAUAGGGCUAAAGGGGUUCAGUUGUGCAACACCCAGGCAUCUCAGUGCAGUCCAGCCUUUUUUGCUGAUUCUUUCUUCCUCAACCAGUUCUCUUUUGAUGUUAUCCAAGACAGGCCUUUUAUACCUCCUACAGCCAGGGUCAUAUGCGAGAGACAUAUGAUCUCAGUGGUGCCGGUGACACGUGUCACCAUGUCUCGUCAUCGUCAAUUUUUCAGCUUCUACAUCUUUGGAUUAAGCCGGGAGGUGUACUUGAAGGACUACUAUCCUGCUAGGUUUUGCUGGGGCUUGUGUCCUUGCCUGGAAUGGUUGAAGACGUAGUCACUAGGCAGAUACGUUGUCCACCUUAAAGGAGAUUGCUUCUCAAUUAUUUAUGCUACUCAUAUUAUAUUGUGGGUUUCUUUCACGUGGCUCAGAAUACAUUGGUUCAUUUCUUGUGUUCAAUAGAUUAGAGUAAAUUCCAUGUGAUUGAUGAGGUCUAAUUUUGAACAUUAUAGGAUUACCAAGACAAAAAAUAACAGUAAUAUGACAUAAAUGGUGAAAAUUAGAAUUUUCCAACAA